AUGAAUCAGACGAUUAUGUAGCAGACUCAAAGGGCAAGAUCACUUUAAACAGCAAGUCGUCAAGCAGCAGCGGGAGCAGCAAUGGCGAUGGGGAAGGCAGUGGCAUCGUGGCGAAGAUCUUCUUCCUGAUCCUACUGGUGUCCCUGUCGCUGGUGGUGGGCCUCAUUUUGGUUGAGCUGCGAGGCAAGCAGGCUGCCAUCAAGGAAGUGCCAUCCGCAGUGCCUGAAGCGGCUGAGUUUAUAAAGGAAGAUGAAUCUUUGAUGCCUGAAGAAAGUGCCUCGAUAGAUGAGGUUCCCGCCCCUGAAGUGCCACCUGUCCUUCAGGAUGAUCCAGCUGAAGAAUACGAGCCUAUAGAAGCAACACCACCUCUCGAGGAAUACAUUAAAGUUGUAGAAGAGGUUGUCGAGCACCCAGAGGAGGAGCCAGUGGAACCUGCUCCUGUAGAAGAAGUAGUCCCAGAGGAACCUGCUGUGGAGGAUGACAGCUUUUUUGAAGCACAAGAGAGUGUGCCAGCAGAGGAAAUUGAGGUUGUAGAGAUUAUAGAAGAAGUUCCUGUUGAAGUUGUGGAAGUUAUUGAGGAGGUGAUAGAGGUGCCCACAGAGGAAGUGGAAGAGCCUGUGGUAGAUGAUACACCAACAGAAGUUGUAGAGGAGGUUGAAGAAGCUGCACCCAUUGAGGAGGCAGCUGAAGAAAAAAUUGAAGUAGUUGAGGAAGAGCCUGCGCCUGCAGAAGUAGUUGAGGAAGAGUCUGCACCAGCAGAAGUAGUUGAGGAAGAGCCUGCACCAGCAGAAGUAGUUGAGGAAGAGCCUGCACCUGCAGAAGUAGUUGAGGAAGAGCCUGCACCUGCAGAAGUAGUUGAGGAAGAGCCUGCACCUGCAGAAGUAGUUGAGGAAGAGCCUGCAGAAGUAGUUGAGGAAGAGCCUGCACCUGCAGAAGUAGUUGAGGAAGAGCCUGCACUUGCAGAAAUAGUUGAGGAAGAGCCUCCACCUGCAGAAGUAGUUGAGGAAGAGCCUGCACCUGCAGAAGUAGCUGAGGAAGAGCCUGCACCUGUUGAAGGUUUGGAAGAAGCUGCCCCUGAGGAAGAGGUACAAGAGGAAGGUUCCCUUGUAGAAGAAAUUCAAGAAGCUGCUGUUCCUGAGGAAGAUGCUGUACCUGCAGAAGAAGUAGUAGAAGCUGCAGAGGAAGUCAACGAAGAAGAACCUCAAGUUGUUGAGGAACCUGUUGUUGCAGAAAAAGUGGAAGAAUUGGAUGCUCCUGUAGAAGUGAAGGAAGCUGAGGAAACCCUUGCUGCUGCAGAUGAUGAUGAUGAUGAUGAUGCAGAGGAUGAUGAUGAGGAAGCAGAUGAUGAUGAUGAUGAAGAUGAAGAAGGAGAAGCUGAAGCUGAAGAAGGAAAGGAUGACGAUGAUGAUGAUGAUGAUGAGGUGGAGGAAAAAGAUGCCAGUAUGGAAUCCUUGACCAGUGCUUACAUCCGUGUGGAAACCCUGGCUGAGGAGAUCAUGAGUGUGGACCCAGAGAAUGCGAUGGUGAACCAACUAACACCUCACAUUGCCGGGGUUUUGCGGGCCAUGGAAUCGGGCCACACUGAGGGAUUGUCCGAGACCCUAGACCACAUCCAAGUCAUUCUGGAAGAUGUCAAAAGGAGGAUAGAAGAGGGGGAGCCAGAGCCUGUCAAGUCCUCCCAGAGUCCCGAGCCAGAAGAGGCAUCAGAAACUGGGUUAGGGACUGAGCCUGAGCUUGUAGUUACUGAUAGGGAGUCUGUUUCUGCUGCACCCUCAGUAGCUGCUGAAUCAGAACAGCCUCUGGCUGUUGAGGACCCUGUGGCUCAGCCUGCCUCUGUUGCAGAGGCUGAGACUCAGCCACAAGGAACAGAUGAGCCAGAGCCUGUGCUUGUAGAAACAGAGUCUGUUCCAGUAGAAGUUAGUAGUGAGGUUGAAGUAGAAGCUAGUCAGUCUUUAGAGUAUGAUGUUGCACAGGAAGCUGAGCCAGUUGUGGAAGAGGAGGGGACACCAACUGGAUCUGAACCCCCAGUACCUGCACCAGCUGAGGAAGCACUGCCAGAGACCGCACCUUAUGUGGUGAAGGAGCGAGAGCCCUUAUUCCCUGCCAAGGAAUCAGAGGGUGUGUCUGAAGAAAUUCUUGCUGAUAUUGAAUCUCAGAUCAUACCUGAGGGUGAGGAUCCCCUAACAGAAAAGGGACAAGACAUUGGCAUUCCUGCAGUCUCUUCUGAAGAAGAGGGUGCUGGUGUUUCCUCUCCUUCUAUAGGAGAAGGGGAGGACCCAGUUCCUGUAGAGGAAGUAAUCCCUGACCCCAUUCACAUUGAACCCCUCCAGGAGCCUGAAGUAGAGCAGCAAGAAGAGAAAGAGGCGAUACCUCCUUAUGAGAAGGCUGACAUAACCAGCGAUGUUGAUAAUGAUAUUCGCGAGGAGCUAGAUGCAGCAGAGAAGGAAUUACCUCAGGUGAGCCAAGUCCUUGCAGUUUAGUUAGUAUAUAAAUCUGUUUGUUUUUCAUUUUUGAAAAGUUUAGCUAUAAGCUAUGAAAUUCUUUUCUGAUCCUGGCUGAUGCUUAUGAAAACUGAAUCAUGAUGGCAUUGAAUAUUGAAUAUCAAAUACCACGCACUCCCACUUUGUUCACUGUCAGUAGCAUAUAUCCGUCAUGUGAUAUUGAUAUAUUUCUAGAUGAAGUUUGUUCUUAUUUAAUUUGAGGAUUAUGUUAAUGUGAAAUUUCAUUUAUUUUGAAGAAUGCUAGUUUUAAUUGAAGGAAGAAUUGAUGAACACUUUAGAAAUUUUCAUUUAUGACAUUAGUUUUUUUUAAGUAGAAGCCAAAGUUGAGAAAAAAACACCUGUAAAGAUUGGAAGUAAAAAGGCAAACAUAAUUAUUCUGCUUUGGCUUUGUGUUUGUAUGUAUGAAUUAUGUUACUGUUGCUUUUUGUGUACUUGUUUCAUUCACCAUAUAUUUUGUUUGUAAUGCAAACAGUAUAAGUGAGGUGUUAUUAAAAGAAAUUGAAAAUAGCACAUUUGUAAAAAGAAUAACGAUGAUACUAAUAUGGAUGAAAAUUUACCCGUAGGCUAUGCGUAUGGCUAUAAACCUUUGACAAUUAAUGUAAAAGAAGCCUUUGUAAAUAAAGAACAGUAGUGCCAUA